UUGCUUGGGCUGUGGCCCGUUCUCUAUGGUCCUUGCAGCUUAAGAUGGCGAGCGAAAGUGUUCGGAUGCCUCUCACUCGCGGUGAACUUACUGGCCUGGUAUUUCGACUGUCCCUCUUUGGUGCUUUAACGUACUUUGGUAUAAAAUGGAUGGUUAACGCUAUUGACCCGACACGUAAACAGAAGAUUGAGUCCAAGAAAAGAGCAGAUAGGAUACUGAAAAAGAUAGGCAUACAGAAUGUGAACUUGACAGAAUAUGAGCUGUCAAUUGCAGCCCAGCUAAUUGACCCUCGGGACAUCAGUAUAUCAUGGGAUAGCAUUGCUGGCUUGGAGGAGAUCACACAGGAGCUCAGAGAAACAGUCAUCCUCCCAAUUCAGAAGAGGCACCUCUUCACUGGCUCACAGCUGAUCCAGCCACCAAAGGGAGUGCUUCUUCACGGCCCACCUGGCUGUGGCAAAACCAUGAUUGCAAAAGCAACAGCACGGGAAGCUGGAGCCCGCUUCAUCAAUUUGGAAGUAGCAGCACUUACCGACAAAUGGUAUGGAGAAUCUCAAAAGCUUGCCAGCGCUGUCUUUACAUUGGCAGUGAAGAUCCAACCUUGCAUCAUCUUUAUUGAUGAGAUUGACUCGUUCCUGCGGUCCCGUGAUAGUCAAGACCAUGAGGCAACAGCUAUGAUGAAGGCACAGUUCAUGUGUCUCUGGGACGGCCUCAUCACGGACCCUGACUGCCAGGUGGUGGUAAUGGGAGCCACUAACCGUCCACAUGAUGUUGACAAGGCCAUCCUGCGUCGCAUGCCAGCUAUGUUUCAUGUUGGUUUGCCUAACCAGCAGCAAAGGGCUGGAAUUAUCAAGCUAGUGUUAGAGACAGAAGGGGUGAGCAAGGAUGUGAACAUUAUGAAGAUUGCACGCCUCACUGAGGGCUUCUCGGGUAGCGACUUGAGGGAGUUGUGUCGCAAUGCCGCUCUUUACCGGGUUCGAGAUCUCCUGCGAAUUGAAAAGCAUCAGGGAGGGGUACACAAAGAAGUGUCUGAUGAUGAAGAAACAUUCCAUGAUGCACGUCAGUCUGGUGCAAAAGAAGGUUCAGAUGAUGAUGAAACGUUUCAUGAUGCAUUACGGCCUAUCUGCAUGGAAGACUUCACCAACGCCCUGGCCAAAAUGAAGAACUCAAAAGUGCUUGCCCACCAGCGACACAGUGUCCCAUUAGAAUUGGACUAGGCCUUAUGCAGUCAUCUAAAUCCUGAGGACUGUGUUGUUACAUUUGUGUUUAUGACAUUAAUGGCCCGCCAGGAGCGGACUGAACAAUGUGAGCUGCUCUUGUAUUAUUAAGCAAUAUAAGAAAUUGAAUAGUAAUCACUGUCACAGCAGUUGUCAGACCACCUCUGUGCUGAACAGCUGCACACUUACAUCCAUUGAAACCCAUUGCUCAUAAGAAAAUGAAUCAUUGUUUGCAAGAAUGAAGGCAGUAAAUGCUGAGAUAUUAACUGGCAGGUGAGUGCCUCAUGCUUACUAAUUGUAAUUUACAUUCAGGAAGUUAUACUGAAUGACAUUUGGGUUCAUCAAGUACUGAGGUUUUAUGACAUUUACUUGCACUCAAAUGUUCUUGCCAGCAAGGUGCUGUCUGACAGGACUGUGAACUGAUGUUCAAAGUAAAAUUUGUUUUGUGCUAUUUAAAGUAUAAACCCCAUGCAAGCAAUUUCUUUAGCGACAGCGACAAGCGACGCGAUGGAGAUGGCUGUCGCGUUCGCUCGUUGCCCAGACGUCAAACUCCAAGCGAGCGACCGCUUCGCGCGGCAGCUCUCCAGUGUUGCCAGUAUUAGGGGAUCGAGUUAGCGCCAAACCUGGCGUAGCACUUGCUAUAAUUAUUUAAGUUGAUUUGUUUGGCUGUACAAAGCAACAUAAAGUAUUUCUGAAGGUCUUGCAAUAGGUUUAUUUUGUUUACAUAUCGAAAUUUGGUAGUUUGCUCGUUCCGUUUGUAUACUGAGAAGCGCGCACGUGUGCACACCGGUAGUACGUCACUAAUGUACAUCCCGUUCCGAUUGCUUACUAUUGGCUAGUCGCUCAUAGCACUUCCGGGCGACGAGCGACGAAUUCUAGAUUUGCAGGACCGAGCGAUCGCGCGACAAGACCGAGCGAUCUGUUCAAACGACGGCCCGAUCCGUCGCUCGAAGCCGUUGCUUGACGCUGUCGUGCACAAAAUCGCGCUCAUGGGGUUUAGCCUUAAAAUGUUUCAAAUAUAUGGUAGUUUAUUUCCUACAGUAAGCAGAUUCUGUUAUGCUUGUCAGUCUUGGGUAGAACGUAUUUGCUGCAGCUAGCAGCAGUUAUACAUACACAUGCUCAGCUGUAUAAAUAUGUAUAAAUAUAAAUACCUAUGUGCGUGUGAUAGCAUUCAGUUUCAUUGUGGCAGGAGCUGUGUAUGUUUUGUCUUUCAGCAAAUAUAAACUUGUUAACUCAAA